UCAAAGCAGAUCAUUAGUCUGCUAAUGGAGCAUGGUGCUAAUGUAGAACUACAGGAUACUUGGUACAAAGGAAGACCCCUCGCAUGGGCUGCAUUUGGAGGUCAUUUGGAUGCAGCAAGGUUGUUGAUCGAAAAAUAUGGAGCCGAUAAACAUGCACAAAAUGAACACGGUCAAGAGGCACUGGAACUUGUUUAUGAAACCAAUGCGGAAUGGGAGCCCCGAAAAUGGAUUGAAGUCAGGGAAGCACUUGAAGAAAAAGUAUUCAGAAGACACCAAAUAUCAAUCAAAGGACAGCAAAUCAAAGGAUGGAAAAGAAGGCAAGAAUACAGUAACUAUCCCAGCUAGCCCACAAAUCGGUGCUUUCACUGAACUUUACAAAAUCAUUUUGAAUCACAAAGACAAAACUGGACGAGGACUAGCGGACAUAUUUUUGGCACUACCUUCAAAGGAAGAGUAUCCGGAAUACUAUGAGAUCAUAAAAUCACCUAUGUCUCUCCAACUUGUAUUGUCAAGGAUAAAAUCAGGGCACUACAAGACUGUAGAGGAUUUUGAUAGAGAAUUCCAGCUUAUUUUUGAGAAUGCGCUCAUCUUCAAUGAGGAUGGAUCACGCAUCAAUAAGGAUGCCAGGACACUGCUGAAAUUAUUCAAUUCUCGCAAAAAAGAGAUUUAUGCUAAUUACAAGCUUACUCCAAAGGCUGCGGCGGUCGACAAGUCUGAUAGACAGAUAGUACCAUCACUUACUAAAAAUGGCGUGACAUACCAAGUCGGCGAGUUCGUACGGCUCAGUGACCCCGCAAAAACAAUUCUUCUCAUUGAACGGCUGGAGAUUGAUUCGAAGAAAACCCGAUUUAUAGCUGGAUCCAAAUUUCUUCGACCAGAUCAAAUCUUCCAGGCUCCAGGGCAAUUGUUUUAUGAACAGGAGGUGCUCAAAUGUUCAGGGGAAUGGCAGUUUGACUUUGGACUUGUGGAUCAUAAAGUUUACGUUCAAGCCCAUAAGGAUUAUGUCCGUGGACAGGUCCUCGACUUUGCUCCAAAGGAUGUAUUCGUUUGCGAAAACCGUUAUUCUGAGACUGGAAAGGCUGCAUUUUUGAUCAAGGAUUGGAAGCGAGUUUAUACCAUUGAUCCUCUGCCGACACCCGUCAGCCCUUACCCUUCACCACUCCGUCUGCCCAAGGUUCAGUUCAAAACGUCGGUCACAGCUGACUCAGCCUUGGAGUCUGUUGGGCAAUUCAAUGGAAGGCGUUCCUCUUCAGUGGCACAUCACGACGCCAAUAAGCGUGGUAAACGGUCGAGACCCUCUUCAAAGCCCAAGGCUACAAAGCGCAGGCAGAGUCAGAGUAAUGACAAUAGCGACGACAAUGACGAUGAUGAUGGGAACGAAGAUGAAGACGUUGAUGUUGAUGGGAUUACUUCCCCAGAUCCUCAUCGACGCCGAUCUAGUCAGUCGCAACGCCAACAAUUUCAGCAUGCACAACAGCAACAGUCGCACUCGCUACCACAGGCACAAUCACAAUCGCAGCCACAUCCACAAACUCAACAUCCACUGAUGCAUCAACAGCAGCAGCUUCAUCAACAUCCACAACCACAACAUUUGCAGCAACAAGCAAUGCAUCCACAUUUCCAGCCGCAACACCCCCAGCAGCAACAGCAAUAUCAGCAGCAAUAUCAACAACAGCAGCAGCAACAACAGCAACAGCAACAACAACAGCGGCCACGUCGUGUCUCUUCUCAAAUGAAUAGUCCCAAUGCCAUGCAACAACAGCAGCAACAACAGCAACAACAGCUACUUUUGCAACAACAACAACAACAGCAGCAGCAGCACUUGUAUCAGCAGCAACAAGCACUUCAAUAUCAACAUAUGAGUCCCCACCUUCAGCAUCCACACCAAACACCAAUACCUCAAAGCCCGAGCAAUUCUCAGGCAAUGGCUUCACCUGGAUCGCCAGGCCGGAUGCAAAUGCCCGUACACACGCAGGUUCAAGCCCCGACAACACCACUGAUCGAUCCUAGGAUCAGUACGCCAAUGCAAGUUGCCCCAUCAUCCGGUAGUAUUCCUCCCGCAGAGCUAUCGCUUGUCUAUGACCCCUCUGUCGGGCCGCGGAAAGGAUAUGCAAUGCUUCAGUCCAUCACCGUGGAUGCAGAGGACAAGUCAUUUAUGAUGAAUUUGAGCACGGAAGCGUUUGCACAUACUAUUUCAGUGAACUCUACUGUUACAACUAUCACAGUGGUUCCAUUACUGGCAUCGCAAUUGGCACCGAUCCAGCAGCAUGUUGGUAUGUCUGUCUUCCAAAAUGGAAGAAAACUUACACCAACAGGGUUAGUGGCGCUUCCGACCGCACCAACAAUUGGACACCAUGUGUACACGAUCCCGCUGGUAUUCGGGCAGAACACGAUUGAUGUUUGGAUCAGUGCGCAGGUCGGAGGACUAUUUCAGGGAGGAUUGCCUGGAGGCAAGACCGAGACUCAGCAAUUCUACUUGUUUGUCCAGCGCAAUAAUGUGUGAUCCGUGAGUGAUCAGGGGCUGAAAUUACAAAAAAAAAAAACCGUGCACAAAAAUAAAAAAUUACAGAAGCAU